AUGCAAGUGCAUGCAGAUUCUUUGACUUCAGUGGAGCUGUGCUGGCUUAACACAGGCUCUCUGCAGGUAGUUCAUAGGAAGGUCCAAUCGUCCAAGACCGGAGAAAAUGUUACUUUCCAAUGCCAGCUUGUCAUGGAUCAUGAAGUGCUGCAAGUCACCUGGCAGAAGGAGAGUGGAGAGGGCAAAGGCAACAUAGCAACCUACAGCAGGAUUAACGGCCACAGAAUCCUGGGUAACUAUAGCAGCCGUGUGACCUUCACCCAGAGCGAGCUGACAGUCUCUGCCAUUACUGUUCAUGCAGUCACCCUGCAGGAUGAAGGCUGUUAUAAAUGUAUCUUCAAUACGUUUCCCAUGGGAUCCAUUACAGGCAGGACAUGCCUCAAGGUUUACGCAAUAUCGGAGCCCAAACUGGAGGCCAAGCUUGUGUCCAGUCCAGACAGUGGUGAGGAGAAGGUGCUGGAAAUAAGCUGCUCAGUAACAGGGAAACCAGCUCCAAUGAUCAGCUGGAACCUGUCCCAUCGCCUUCAGCAGGAGCCAGGACAGUAUCUCAUCAAUCACUCAGACCAGACUGUGACUGUUAUCAGCAAUUUCACACAUGACCCCUCCAGGAUUCACUGGGAGAACCCAGCUGGCUGUGUGAUCCAACAUCCGCUCCUAAACCUGACGCUGACUCUGUCCAAGGAUGGGCAGGUCCAGGGCCAAUCAGCAACAGUCGACGCUGUAACAAUCUACAUAUUGGUUGCUUUGAUUCCCUUGGGGUUCUUGUUCAUCUGCUUCUGCAUCUUGUUCAUCCGCUGGAAGCGACAACACCAAAUGGAUAGAAACAAAGCUGAUCUAUGUUGGGUUCUUCCCUUAUGCACCAAGGACAUGAGGCAUGGACAGUGCACAAAAAAUGAUAAACAAGGCCCUGACAAGCUUCCUCCCUUAAAAGCCCUCUUGGACAGAUGA